UUCCAGAAAAGUUUGAAAUUUUUUUUUCCUUGUUUACGCAGGAUAGAAACAAGAUGGGAGAUUCAGUACCUCUAAAACUAGCACUGCCAGAGCUGAAGUAUCCUAUUGGUUCACAGCCAAAGGAAAAGUCAGCAAUCAACCAAUACUCUGGUUCAGAUUAUAUCUCUAUUGUCAAAAGCAUCCUAAAACCAGAUGAGAUGAUAAGAGUCCGAGGAUCAUUUCUGGGACCUGUAAUGAAGCUCAGUGAGAGAGGAUUGAAGUUAUCAGCAAAGAUAGUCUACGCCAUUCUCACUAGAAGCAUCGUUUCUGUUAAGGAGAAUGAAGCCUGGUUCCAUUUCGGUGCGCAGCCAAUGAGGUUCUCUAUAAGAGAAUUUCAUAUGAUGACAGGCUUGAAAUGUAGUGGUGCAUUAGAAGGACCACGAAGGGAAACCGAGAGAUUUAAUUGGGAAUUGCUAAAGGGGCGUAGUCAUAAGUUAAGUGACGUGGUGGACCAGCUCAGAAACACAAGAGAAGAUGCUUCUGAGGAGAGAAUAUGCCUCGCAAUGCUCAUCCUGGUAGAGAGCAUAUUAUUGCGGAAGAGCAAAGGAGGGAGUUUUCCUUUGGAAUAUGCGAAAAAUGCACAGGAUAUGACAUAUCCAUGGGGAAAAGAGGCUUACAUUGUGCUCCUGAAGUCAAUUCAAAACGCUGUCGCGAAUCAUUUGGAGAAUAAAUCCAAAUUUGAGUUGCAAGGUUAUCCUCUAGUAUUCCUUCUUUGGAUACUAGAGUCGAUUCCUUUGCUAAGGGAUAAGUUCAGUAAGUGUGUACCAACAGUUGAGGUUCCUGGGCCGACUUACUUGUGUGAAAAAUACACUGAGGUAGAGAAUCCAUCACUUGAUAGGGUUUUACAGGUUGAAGCUGAUACAAAGCUGAAGGUCCAUUGCAUACUACCUUCUAUUCCUCAUGAUCCAGAAGAUGAUAUCUCCAUUGAAGACAAAUAUAGUGACGAGCUGGAAACAGUGAAAGAUGUAACAAAGAAAGGGUACAAGAUUACAGCCGAUGACUGGGAAAAUAGGUGUGUAGACACAUUUGACACAUUGGAUGCUCUUAUUCAAAUGAUGGCAAAUAAGGAGACUGGCCAAGCUUCUACUCCGAUUGAUGAGGAUUCAGUAAAUGAAAAAGUGAACAGGAUCAUCACGGUAAUGGAGGAGAAUCUGAAGAGCAUGAAGGAUCGAAUGUCAUUACUGAAGAAGAAAAUACAUCUUAGAGCUCGUGUGUCAGAGUUGGAAGGAAACAACAAUGUUUUUCCCACUAACGUGACACAAAAAGAGACAAUGAUUGAAUCAGCUGCAUCUCCAAAGUCUCAACAAAAUGAGAAAGAAACAGAAACGUCUACCGAUGAGAGGCCAUCCAAUCCUAAUCAAGAUGGAAAACCAGAUGAUGAGAUUGUGAGAGAGAAAUUAACAAGUGAGUCACCUGCUACUCAGAGUCAAGUUUUGCAGAAAGAAACAGUGGAAAUGAAUGAGACACCUUCUUCUCCAAUAGCUCCAAAGAGUAUUGAAACUCCCGUUUAUACUCCAAGUCAGACUCAGCAGAUUGAGAGAGAGCCAUCGGAUGACACGCCUGUCCUUGAUACUCAAGUUUUUACUCCUAAUCUGACAAAAGAGAUUGUGAUUGAGUCACCUGCUGCUCAGACUCAAACGGUAACAGAGGAAACGUAUGAGGCUACACAGCCAUUGACUGAGAUCAUUUCAGCAAACAAUAAAAAGAAACUUCUUCAUAACUACCUCUUUUAUUUUACUGUUAUUACAGGAGGAUACGCAUGCUGUGCAUCACACACCUUCCUCUCCAUUGUCUUCACUAAUUGCACUAGUUAUUGA